ACUGCUUCUUCCUCCUCCAACCAUAGCUACACACAACUUCACAACAGAAACAGCCGCUAGAAGCUCAAAUCAGAUCGAAGAAAAUGGGGCUCUGCAUGUCUAGCGGCGCGGCAGCUGUGGCGGCGGUGCAGGCCGAUGGUCUGGCCGCGUCGACGGCGAUGGUUCUGCUUCCGACGGGAGAACUGCGGGAGUACCCACCCACGGCUACAGCCGCGCGGGUUCUCAAGGACUCCGUCGACGCGGGAACCGGCUGGUUCAUGUGCGACGCCGACGCGAUGGGGUUCGACGGCGCCGUGGCUGCCGUGGGCGGGGCCGAGGAGCUCCGCCCGGGCCAGAUCUACUUCGUGCUCCCCACGGAGGCGCGCCGCAACGGGCUCCGGCGGGAGGACAUCGCCGCGCUCGCCGUCAGGGCGUCCGCCGCGCUCGCCAGGACGUCCAGCGCGUUGCCGCUCGUGUUCGCGCCUCCACCGGAGAAGGCCUGCCAGGCCGCCGCAUACAAGACCGUGCCGGCGCUGGCGGCCAAGAGGCGGCAGGUGGCGCGCGCCAAGAGCGCCGGGAGGAUGCAGCCGCGGUUCGCGCCGGAUCUGAGCGCCAUUCUCGAGUGCGACACGAGUGAGUGA